CUCAACAUUCAUGACACAACCCGGCUGUUGGCUCGCAGAGCCAGAUUUGAAGUAACAAACAUACCUUGUCACAUUCCCCGUCCAAACACCGGCAUGGGGCCACCCCCCUGCAGCACAAGCUGUGUUUUUCCUUUUCCGUGGGACCAGCCCCGGGUCAUAAACCCGAAGAGGAGAUGAGGUACGGCAGGAGUCUGCUCAUCGCGGUGAUGUCACCUCUCUGGGAAUUCGUUCCUCUACAAAUCCCAAUCCAGGCUGGAGAUGAGCUCUCCCCUGCUAACCCCAGGGGAAUCCGCCCACCGGAUCAAGAGGAGGUGGAGGGUGGGAAGACAUAUAAAGCUCCCCAAGAGCCGCUCGCCUUUACUGUCCAGGUUGCACGGAUCUGCUCUCAGCAUGAAGACGCUUCUGGUGGGGCUGCUGCUUGGCCUGGCGUGCGUGGAGCUGGCCCAGUCCCUGCGGUGUUACACGUGCAAGGAGCCAACAGACAUUUCUGAGUGCAGAACACCCACCCUGUGUCCCCCAAAAGCCACGGUGUGCACAACAACGCUGCACUCUCUAGACACAGGUUACCCCUUUUUCGGCAACAUCACCGUGACCAGAAAGUGUGAUGAGACCUGUGUCAAAUACGACGGGAUAGGUUCGAGCAGGCCCACGUCGUGCUGCUACACCGACCUCUGCUCUGAUGACACCAAGAGCAGCAGGGGGGAGAGAAGCAGCUCCGCAGCUCUGGGUCUGAUGGCCUUGGUUGUUGGCACGCUCCUCCAGAGUGCUCUGUGAAGCCAUGGGCACCCCUGCUCUGACCAAAGCAUCUCCUCCCCUCUCUCUGCCAAGACGCCUUGUGAACUUUUACAUGCCUUGGGAGAAAACCUUCUUUGCUCAAGUGUGUCUUCACCCAUCUUCAGUAUUGUGCAUUCAAGUGGAUUCGAGCCAAAAGUUUGGGUGCCUGGACCUAAGCUCUUCAAAUUUCCAUUUUCCAGCUGCUAAGCAGAUGUUCUUCAUCUUUGGUUGCUUCUGGUUACCAAGACCCACAUCUCGCCUUGCAGCUUUGCUCACCAUGAAGCACGGU